AUGUUUGCGGCCAGACAUUACGAAAAUUUGCAAAAACAACAACAAAAUAUGAAUAAAAAAUUCCUUAAUUCACAUGGUUUUUACCCUCAAGACUCAGUAUAGAAAUAAAUCAGAUGAAUGCAAGAAAAACUAUACAGACCAAUAUAAAAGAAAUACAAAUUCUAAACAAUAUAGUAUUUAAUAGCAGACUUUCUCAAAUUGUUAUUUCAAAAAUUGGAAAAUAGUUAAAAUUCUUAAUUAAUCAAUUAUUGGGCCAUUUUCUCCAAUAAAAUCAAUCAUAGAAACAGAUUCUUGAUAAAAAUAGUUAAAAAAUAGUUUAAAUUUUUUCAAACAUAUUAAUUUUAAAUUUUACUAUUAGCUUAAUUUAUGGAGACCUGUCAAUAAGUAAUUAGUCGAUAAAGCAGUUUCAUUUGCAACGACUAAAAUGCAGUUUUUGUGCUAUCAAUUAAAAUUCUCGGUUAACAAAUGCGAUGUAAAGUUUUUUUGGACGUCGAAAACUAUAAAAAUUCUUAUUAAAAGUUUAGAGAACCCCUGGCAUUCACAUUGCAUAUGAUCAAAUAAGUCUGUAUGCGUGUGCCUAAUAUACAUACAUAUGUACAUAAUAGAAAAGUCGCCAACAAUAAAAUUUGAAACGUGUUCAGAUUAACGUCCAAUUAACAUAAGAAAACCCCACAAAAAGAGGCAAAACAGAAAAACAGACUAAACAAAAAUAUUUCAAAAGUGUAAAAAACACAAAAAUAUUGUAAAUAAACAAAAAUACAGUCAAAACUGUCACGCAAAUAUAGACAACGUUUAAGAAGAACACAAAAAAUAAUAAUAACAUUAGAAAUCUCAGACCCUGACAUUAGAAUAUUAAAAGUUGUUCAUACAGUAUCAUCAUUAGAAGCAACAUCUUCGUGAUUUAAAUUUAUAUUUUAUUAGAAAAAAAGUUGCUCAAAAAAAAAAAAAAAAAAAACUAUAAUAAAUUGCACAGAAAAAAUUGCAAAUUUCAUAACUACUAUGCACAAAUAAAAUUUGAAACGCACCCAUGUUCUGCUGAGUAAGAAAAGUAUGCACAAGAACUUUAACUCAAAUCUCGCCUAAAGUUAUGCUCAAACUUUAAACAUUAUAAAUAAGAACAACUAAUUCAUAAGAAAAGACAAGCACUCAAAAUGCAACGUGGUAGCAGUGACGAACGUAUAACCAGUGCUAAUUCCAGUCCGCGACAUAGCAAUAAAUAUCCUGGUUCGGCAUUAUUAGGUCUACUCACAAAGCGCUCCACAAAAGUUGAACCCCAUCCCGCCGUAGAAGUAGAGCACAAUGAAAAACAUGUCACCGGCAACAGUCAUCAAACGAACAGUGCUAAUAAUUCCAUUAGUCAUGACACCUCCUUUGCUAAAUGUACACCUGAUAAGCAAUCACCCCUGAUGAGUGAUCAUAAUCAUGUGAAUCGUCCCAAUUUAAGAAGUCAAACAUUACCCAAUAAUGCCACACCCAAUGACAUGAUCAAGGGGACUCAUCUCAUAGAGAAAUCUCAGAGUAGUGGUAUUAUAAAUUUACAUCGUAAGGUGAAGGCGGGUAAAAAUAAAAAUCAUAUUCAUCGUCACAGUACUGAUGGUUCGCAAAGUGAUGGUGGCAUCGCCAGUGGAAUUGAAGUCAUGCUAAGGAAGACCCCAAAAAAUCGUUCACCAAAUCAUAAUCGUUUUAGUCAUCAGUUCAGUUUGUGUUGUAAGGCGGAAAAGAAACCUGUUACACCACCGGUAACAGUACGCUAUAACUCCAUUCCAGAUGGUGGUUCAGUUGUGAAGAAAGACAAUAUGUCAUUGAGUUGGAGCACGGCGGAUAAUACUUCAUUAUCUAUAGGUUCGGGCAUCUCUAACCCAACGGCUUGUUUACAACCCCCUUUUGUGGCGGUGCCGGCAGCUGCUUUGACCGAAUGUGCCAGUGCUCCGCAGAGUCCGGUAACGGGAAAAUCAAUGAUGUUUCCAAAUGUUGACUCUUCUUACGGUUCACCUUCUAAUACCUCGCUAAGAAGCAAUCAAAGUGAUACACCUAAUGGUGCUAAUAACUCCGCAGGCAGUGGUCCCAUACGGCCUAUAGCCGUCUCAGCCUGUCGCUCUCGCCUAAGACUUAAACUAUAUCCUCCUGGUAAGGAAUUGCCACCAUUUGGUUCAGAAUUUCCUGCAGCAGAUGAAGGAGCUGUAUCUGAAAUAAAGAGGGCCACUACACCACAACAUAUGUCUUCUCCCAACAUUGCCAGUCAGUCUGAGAUCACGGGUUCUGUGGUGCAUGAGCCAGAUUCGCAGUCCAUUCGCUUUAUGUCACAUGAAAAUAUACAAAUGCAACGUCAGAGCUCUAGUUCGGGUUUGGCACGUCAGGCUCUUAUGGCUGCUCAAGUAUUAAGUUUAAUACCUACAGAUCAAGCAAGAGAGAGGAGUUAUUUAGAUGGACGUUUGGGUUCCUCUUCCUUAUUGGGGCCUAGCGAAUUAAACAAAGUGAUACCCAGCAAGGAAGUGACUAUAUUUGUGGGUACCUGGAAUAUGAACGGCCAAAGUCCACCCAAGGAAAUGAAUGAUUUUGUGUUGCCCGCUAAUAUUGAGCAUGUUCCCGAUAUUGUUGCCAUUGGCACUCAGGAAUCCAGUCCAGAUCGUUUUGAAUGGGAAGUCACCAUACAAGAAACUCUAGGACCAUCACAUGUACUCUUCCACUCCACUACAUUGGGUACUCUACAUUUAGCAGUUUAUAUGAGAAGAGAUUUGAUAUGGUACUGUUCGGCACCCGAAGAUGCCAACAUGUCGGUAAGGACUGGAUCGGCGUUUCGUACAAAAGGAGCCGUGGCAAUUUCCUUUUGCCUUUUUGGUACCUCAAUGCUUUUUGUAACCUCGCAUUUAACAGCUCAUCAACAAAAGGUCAAAGAAAGAGUAUCGGAUGUUAAGAGAAUUAUACAUGCUCUCGAUUUGCCAAAGAAUCUUAAUUUAAGACAUAAAAAUAAGGAUGUCACACAAAAUUUUGACAAUGUAUUUUGGUGCGGAGAUUUAAAUUUUCGUUUGGGUGAACCAAGGGAAAAACUUUUAGAAUGGAUACAGAAUACAAAAUUUCCCUUACCAUCCCACUUGCCACAUGGCUAUAUGCAUACCGAUCAAUUGUCUUCGGUAUUGGCAGACGGUGCAGCAUUCCGUGGGUUUAUGGAGGCUAAUAUAACAUUUCCUCCCACCUAUAAGUACGAUCCUGGUACCCAGCACUUUGAUACUUCAUCGAAACAACGUGCUCCCGCUUACACCGAUCGCAUUUUAUAUAAAUAUCGACAAGCUCAGGGUUUAAUGAUGAGACGCCAAAGUGCUAUACCCGGUAUGCCAUCGCCCUCACACCCACUGGUGCAAUGUUUAUUAUACGAUUCGGUGCCGUCCAUUACCACAUCGGACCAUAAACCGGUUUGGGCUUUAUUUAAGACUGUUAUUAGAGCGGGUACAGAUUCCAUUCCAUUGGCAGCUGGACUUUUUUGUCGUGAUAUUUAUUUGGAGGGUAUGAAACGUAGAUUAAAUAAUCAAUAUACCGGCUCUUCGGCCGUUUGUUCUAUACAAUAAUUUUUCUUAAUUAACGCACAAUUUUAAUCUCAUUAUUACUUUGGUUAUAUAGUUUUGCGAUAUAGUAAAAUAUUUUUAAACAAAUAGAGGCUUUAAUGACGGUAUUCUAGAUGGGUUCUUAUGCAAAUAUAUUUGAAG